UUCUCAAUUCAAACGUCAAUAAAACCAAAACCCUCUCUCUCUCUCUCUCUCUCUAUAUCUCUCCUCAUCCUCUUCAACAAUUUUAAGAAAAGGAAGUAUGAGUUUUGGGUUCGGUGGUUGUUUCAGUAGUAUAUCAUCAAUCAGCACCACCACCACACGUUUUGUUCCUAUUUGCUACCGUUGGUUUGGUUCUUUUAACCUUGACUGUAACAAAACCCUAAUAACUCGUUUGUCUUUGUCGGAUUGGACUAGUUCUUCUUCUUCUUUUGCUUCAAUGUCAACGACAUCCACAACCACCACAGCUUCUUCGCCCACUGAACGACCGGUCGUAGAGUCCCCAAAGCCCAAGCAGCAGCCCUGGCUCAUUGUUGGCCUCGGUAACCCCGGCAAGAAGUACCAAUCCACUCGCCACAAUGUGGGCUUUGAGAUGGUGGAUGCUAUAGCUGAAGCUGAAGGGAUAUCAAUAAGCAGUGUUUCCUUCAAAGCUCUGUUAGGAAAAGGUUUUAUUGGAGAUGUUCCUGUUAUGCUUGCUAAACCCCAAACUUUCAUGAAUGCAAGUGGUGAGUCUGUUGGGGCUAUCGUUUCUUAUUACAAGAUUCCGUUAAAGCAAGUUCUUGUGAUUUUUGAUGACUUAGAUUUGCCAUUUGCAAAAUUGCGGCUAUUGCCAAAAGGUGGACAUGGAGGACAUAACGGGAUGAGGAGUGUCAUUGAUCACUUCAAAGGGAACCGUGAUUUUCCUCGUUUAAGAAUUGGUAUUGGACGGCCUCCUGGGAAGAUGGAUUCCAUCAACUAUGUUCUCCGCCCCUUCAGUAAACAAGAACGUGAAGAGUUAAAUUUUACAUUUCAAGAUGGGCUGGAAGCAGUUCGAAUCCUUUUGCUGGAGGGAUUUAAUAAAAGUGCCACAUUUGUUAACAGUGCCAAACCCUUGGAACAACUGGGUUAACCUUCAGCAUAGGUUAAUGAGUUUUUGGUGAUCAUAGACAGGUGGGUCCUAUUCAUGAAGAAGAAUGUGCAUCUCAGUAACUGAACAUUGCUUUUAUGAUUUUCCAGAUGAAGUAACUAUUAGUAGACAUUAUUUCCAAGCUACCUUGGGAAAAAGGAAAUAUGGAAGGCACCAUGGUGGCUCAGAGACAAUCAUUCUUUGAAAGAAAGUUAUAGCAAUAAUUUUAAUAGGAAUAUUAUGCUUUGUUCUUAAUAAGGACAUUGUAAUAUUUUUCAUUAGAAAUCCAAUGGUUUUAUACACGUUUUAUUUAUUUUUAUUUUUUUGGGGGGGUGGGUGUUAAUAGGAUGGUUCUUUCUAACAAUUUUUUUAUUCUAUAGAAUUGAGAGUAAUAUUAUGUGGCUCAAUUAAAGGCAUGGCAAUGCCUAUGAUCUAGAGAACAUCUUGU